UUUAUCAGAUGUUUAUCUUCAUGGUCCGCGAACCGUCACAGUGAUACUUCAAUGUUUCUGUGAUCGGCUUUAAAGAUGAAGCCGUUGGUAGUUUUGUUGCUGUGUCUGGUGACGUGGUCCCACCAUGGAACUCUGGGGAUGGAUGUGUUUCACAUGUCACAGGAGGUCGAAAAAGAGUUCUACAAAGAUCAGACGACCGACUUAGCUGCAGUUACUUUCAGCCUGGCCAAACAUUUCCAGAGCCACAUGGUGCUACAGCAGGCACCACAGAGGGCGAACGUCUACGGCUUCUCUCCCUCCAUAGGGCAGAAAGUUACGUUACAGCUGACAACGACCCCGCCCACACAAACCUACAACUACGAGACUACGGUGCGACAAGGUCCCGAACCCGGGCUGGGUCAGUGGAACGUCCUGCUGGACCCGUUCGGACCCACGACUGUGGCCACAAUCAGGGUGACGUCAGAGGGCGUGUCCCUGACCAUUGAUGACGUCUUGUUCGGUGACGUCUGGAUCUGCUCUGGUCAGUCCAACAUGCAGAUGACCGUUAUCUCGAUCGACGUGGCCACCGAGGAGAUGGCAGAUGCCCACAACUACCCCAACAUCCGCCUGAUGACCGUCAACAUGGACGAAGCUGCCACGCCCCAGUAUGACCUCAUUAAAGUAGAACAAUCAUGGAUUAAAGCUGACAGCAGUUCUAUCGGCCACGACGCUUGGACGUAUUUCUCAGCCGUCUGCUGGCUCUAUGGCAAGGCAAUCUUCAAGGCCAAAAACUACCCCAUAGGAUUGGUGGCUACAGACUGGGGCGGCACCCCCGUGCAGGCGUGGUCCUCCCCUGAGGCUCUGGCGUCCUGUGGUAUCCAUGACAAUCCUAGCAUUGUCCAACCAGAUUCGUACAUCAAAUACCUGGAGCAACAGCCACCGGAAGUACGCCGCAGACUUGAGGCGCCAUCAGAAAAGUCUGUCUUGUGGAACUCUAUGAUACACCCCCUGCUGGGGAUGACGAUCUACGGCGCCAUCUGGUACCAAGGUGAAUCUGACGCCGGCCCACCAGCCGUGAACCGCUACAACUGCACCUUCCCAGCCAUGAUAAAAGACUGGAGAGCAAACUUUAACCGUGCAUCUAACGGCCAGACCAGCGCAAACUUUCCGUUUGGAUUUGUACAGUUGGCACCCAACUCCCCGAGCCCAGGACCUACGUCAGGAUUUACUGACAUCCGCUGGCACCAGACAGCUGACCGGGGCUACGUCCCCAACCCUGACCUCAACAACGUCUUCAUGGCCGUGGCUAUGGACUUGCCGGACUUCGACUCGCCAUCCGGCGCAAUCCACCCACGUUACAAGAAGGACAUUGGAGACAGGUUGGCGAUCAGCGGGUUGGCAGUGGCCUACAACCAGGGCGGUUUAUUCCAGGGGCCGCUACCCUCGGGUUCCAGCCUGACCCCUGCAGGUCUGGUCAUAGACUACGGCACCACCUGGACCCUGGAGAUCAGAGUCAACUCUGGAUUUGAGGUUCAAUGCUCACAUGCACGCUGGGUUGCCACAAGCAUCACUGCUCACACCCAGACCACCGUAACGGUCAACUCGGCCAACGUAUGCAACACAGGAGAAAAGAUAACUGGCAUUCGCUACGCUUGGAGCGAAUCGCCUUGCGCAUUACAUAAGUGCGCAGUAUAUGAGACAUCUAAGGGACUUCCGGCUCCACCAUUUGUGUCUUAUGCUGAUUAUGACCAAGUGGGGAAUCCUUACUUUACAUUUGAUCGACCACAACACAUUUGACAGAUUUUCCUUUUUAAAAGUAUCAAAACGAUUUGUUUAUUUUUAUUUAAUCUAUUUUUUUCAACGUAAUUGUUUUCUAAAUAUAUGUGAUUCGGACAUAAAUCUAAAUACUAAAUUGACCAAUAAAUAUGUUUU